GGAGACAUACAUUAGUGUUAUUGGUACAGUGUUUUAGAAUAUUUCCAAAGCUUCAAAAUGACAUCUGGUUGGAGGCUUUAACAUUUAUUUUUUGAAGUGUAAACUGUUCUGUUAAUAAGUGAUCGUUUCUUAACCGAAAUUUAGAUUUGGACUUUAGUAUACAUUUGAAAAGGGACAGUUCUGGGCAUGAGCCUGGCAUGCCUUCUCAUAAUUCAAGUGAAAUAAUUAUACAUGGCUGAAUUAAUAAACUAUAUUUGCUCAAUUCUCAGGAACUGGUUGGUAAAUUUCUGGAACGUUCGCUUCCAUCAGAGAAAGAAUUGGCUAAUUCAAUUUUCAAGACUACGAUAAAGCCAUUCUAUCCAUUGGGUCCUGAUGGUCCCAAAAUUGAAGGAUCUACGCCUAUAGCUCUGAUUAAUAGGUACUGCAUGUCUUUGGACUGUGAUAGGUUCUCAACGCUCACUCCAUUCUGGUGGAAGGAGGUUUCGAAAAAAUGGAUUCAAUGAAAAUAACAUUGUUGUCUAUUUACAACUACCAAUUUCGUCUCCUGUGCGAGACGUUAUUAAGAGCGAUGCGUUUCCGAACGUGGAGCUGGCCAAGCGAUCGGCGGCACUGAAGGCGUGCAAACUGCUCUACGACAGCCGCGAGCUGGACGACAAAAUGCUGCCACGUGGCAAGACCUCGCAGCAGCUGGAGGACCGCGGUCUGUUUCCCUGCUGGAGGGACGAGGCCCCUCCUACUGAAUCCGAUGACUCGGCCGCCCUCGUGCGUGUGGGACCCGUCGUCAAGCGGCAGACGCUCGUCGGCACCAAAAAGUGCAAGUCCAUCUACGACAAAAAGUUUCCAGAAUGUAUGUGUGAAUGCCGUCCAAUGCCUGGUGAGAAGGUCUACAUGCACAUUAUAAAAAUGAAGCCCGUGUACAGUGAACCAAAAGGCAACCGAAAAAAGGCUUUCUAUGAGCUUCUGAAGUCUGAUUCCGAAUUUGCAAUUUUGACCACCAAAAAGUGGCCUAUGCUUUUGAAGUUCCCGUUGUUUAUAACAAUGGGUGAAAUAGAAGUGGAGGUAAUAGUCAAUCAAGCGUGUCAGACGCUUUCAGAGAAAGAAAUUGACGAAAUUUUCAACUUCCAUUGCAUAAUUUUCUCGGAUGUCUUGCAGUGCAUAAAUAUGUUCAUGUUCAGAGAUUAUGAAAACAAAGAACACUCCUAUCUGCUGGCUCCCAUAAAAUUAGAAAAUGGAAGAUCCGUCAUCAAUUGGAGUGUGAUUCGCGAUAAUCAGGAAUUCCCCGAAAUCAUCUCACCACCGGUUGAAGAAAGACAGAAAGACAUUGUUGUCACCGAGGAAAUUUAUAAGAACUCUGUAGUAAUACCUUGGUACAGAGGUUUUCUGCCCAGACAGUGUAUGAACAUCGGAUGGAGACAUAGUGUGCAGGCGACGUAUAAGCGGAAGAAGAAGCAAGAGGAGGAGUUUGAGGAAUCGCUGGUGCCGGAGCUGUGCGUGCGGUGCGCGGUGCCGGCCGCCUAUUGGCUCAAGGCCACCCUGCUGCCCAGCUGUGUGCAUCGCAUCACUGCGCUCCUAUUGGCCGACGAGCUCCGCGUCACCAUCGCCACCGAUCUCAACCUGAGCACCGUCACUCUGCCACCAGGCAGGAGUUGGCGUCCUAUCAGCGUGGAGCAGCUGUGUCUUCGCGAUGAAGAGGAGAAGCAGCAGCCAGUGCUGCCAACUGCGAAGACGGUGACGAUCAAGCCGCGGAGUGCACUCGACCUGGACACCAACAACUAUCCGUGGGGAACCGAGCAGGAGCCCAUCGACAUAGAGCGCGCCAUCGACCAAGUCAAACUGGUCGACAUCGUCUUCUACGACGACUUUGUCUCCAAACCGAUCGUCGAACAAAAUAUCCAGUCGCUAGCUCAGGAUCGCCAACAGCUCGAGAUCAAAGCAUUAGAAUACGCUUCCAAAACAGUCACUCCUCAUCUCUCGAUUUUCAAUUCCAAACACGAAGCUCCGGGUGUAGAACUGGCUGAUUUUCUUCAGGUUCUGACUACUGCUUCAGCACACGAUAUUUUCAAUCUGGAGCGAUUGGAAACUCUGGGCGAUUCUUUUCUUAAGUAUGCCGUGUCUCUCUUACUAUUCAUCCGCUUUCCCGAACUGUCUGAAGGCCAGCUGACAAUGAUCAAGGGCAAAGUCAUCGGAAACCGAAACCUGUACUAUUGUGGUGAACAGAAGGGCUUGGGCUCCAUUAUCAAGGUGUUGACGCUCUCACGUUUGUCUCUCUAA